GGGCGAGCCGUACCAUGGUGGCGGGGGCGACGGUAGGCAGCGGUUUUUGAGUCUGUAUGUGCAUAACCUGAGAUCCUAGCUGUGUCCUGCGCUGGUGGUGCCAGGCUGCCCGGCGGGAUGCAGUGGGCCGUGGGCCGGCGGUGGGCAUGGAUCGCCCUAUUUCUGGCUGUUGCCGCGGUGCUGACCCAGGCGGUCUGGCUGUGGCUGGGUACGCAGAGCUUCGUCUUCCAGCGAGAAGAGAUAGCGCAGCUUGCUCGGCAGUACUCUGGACUGGACCAUGAGCUGGCCUUCUCUCGGCUGAUCGUGGAGCUGCGGAAGCUGCACCCAGGCCACGUGCUGCCGGAUGAGGAGCUGCAGUGGGUGUUUGUGAACGCGGGCGGCUGGAUGGGCGCCAUGUGUCUUCUGCACGCCUCGCUGUCUGAGUAUGUGCUGCUCUUCGGCACCGCCCUGGGCUCCCGUGGCCAUUCGGGACGAUACUGGGCUGAGAUUUCUGACACCAUCAUCUCUGGCACCUUCCACCAGUGGAGAGAGGGCACCACGAAAAGUGAGGUCUUCUACCCAGGAGAAACAGUUGUGCAUGGACCUGGGGAGGCAACGGCUGUGGAGUGGGGACCAAACACAUGGAUGGUGGAGUAUGGCCGAGGUGUCAUUCCGUCUACCUUGGCCUUUGCACUGGCUGACACUGUCUUCAGCACCCAGGACUUCCUCACCCUCUUCUAUACCCUUCGCUCCUAUGCCCGGUGCCUCCGGCUUGAACUCAGCACCUACCUCUUUGGCCAAGACCCCUGACCAGCCAGGACUGAGGAAGACCUGUGGAUGGACAGGAGCGAGCGGGACCACAUUCAUCUUCUUGCUGGAACUCAUGUGCACAGACAGCAGCAUACACCAUGCAGAUAUUAAGUUCCUGCUGUAUGAGGAAGGACAUACAUAGUUAUAUAUCUAGACACAGCUCUUUGGGAGCAAAUGAGACACAUAGAGAUGCUAAGAUUUGUAUGUACUGUAAGACUAUACACUCACAUCCAUCCAGAGAGGGUCCUUACAUAUAUACCAAGGGGGCCAGUCAUGUUUGAACACCUAUCACAAGCUUGACUCACUGACUCAGGCUUUCUCAGAGCUUCCUGCUGGCAUUCAGGGCUCUGGGAUUAAGGAUUGGGGUGGAUGUUACAUUCUGCCUCACUCUGAUGCCUCAAUCCAAUAGUAAUCUCAGGUGAAGGAAAAAUGGAGCUGCCCUUGGGAGAUCCCCUUCACCUGCGGCCAUGAUGUCCUUCCGUUCAUCUCUCUUUUCCUCACCAUAUGCCUUAUCUCCAUUCCGCUCCCCUGCUCUGCAAGUGCCCCUGUGGCUUGUCUUCCAUGCCAGCUCAGCUGGGCAAGCAGGGGCAUGUACAGAAUGCUGAAGGGAGGUCCUCCAUCUCAGAGACCCCUUUGGGGGUUAGAAUGAGAACAUUGACUUAAACCCCGGGCCUGCCCCCAAGGAGAGGGCCUGGAGAUGUAAUCCUGGGUCCAAGGAGCCACCCUAGUCUAAAAGAAGCCUUUAGUGUAUGUGCAUACCCCUCAGUUUCCAGACAUUUCUGUUGCAUUCUCCGUCUACCUGUCUAUCUCUGUUAAUAAAAACUUGUUAAACAGUUC